AUGAAAGUAGUUAUUAUUGAAGAUGAGCGGCUCACGGCAGAAGACCUGCAACAAACGAUCCGGCAGGCAGAUGCAACGGUGGAGAUUGUAGCCACCUUAAAAUCUGUAAGUGAAGGGCUCACCUGGUUUCGGGCCAACCCGAUGCCAGACCUCUUAUUCAGCGAUAUUCAGUUGGGCGACGGACUUAGCUUUGAGAUCCUGGGCAACCUGCAGGUGCCGGUCAUCUUUUGCACAGCGUAUGAUGAGUAUGCGCUGAAUGCGUUUAAAGCCAACGGCAUAGAUUAUAUCCUGAAGCCAUUUACCCUGACAUCAGUUAGUGCUGCCUUACAGAAAUUUAAAAACCUGACCCAGAUAGAUGACAUUGCCUUGUUUCGCCUGGAACAUGAGCUGGUUUAUUUGCUGACCUUCGACCAGGCAACCUAUUAUCCGGGAAAGAGCCUUGAUGAGCUGGAGGAUGUG